GCGUGGCGGGGGCGGGAAGGUUGUAGUUCGGCACACUGAGGAGGUUUUGCCUCUCUAGGUGGUGUGUUCCACCUUGACAGCUGCGACCCGCAGCGAGGCCUCCCCAGCGCCCAGGCGCUUGGGAGGCACCCGGAGAUUCGUUUAUGAAAAAACAGCACGUGUUUUCCAGUCCUUUUCAUUCACGGUUCUCCUGAAGGCAUCAGGCAUCGCGUCUCAGCGCAUCACGUGUUCACACCUUCUGAAGAGCGCGUUUGUUCCGCUUUGUUGGUGUGGCUGCUCGAAUAACACCAUUUCCCCUCACCCCCACCCCGGAUUCAGGGUUCCUUGAGGGUGAAUAUAAAGUGCUAAUCUGUUGCCUCUGAAUAUAAUUGAAACAGGAAGAUGGCAGCAAAUCCUUCAGGACAAGGUUUUCAAAACAAAAAUAGAGUUGCAAUCUUGGCAGAACUGGACAAGGAGAAACGAAAAUUACUUAUGCAGAACCAAUCUUCAACAAAUCAUCCUGGAGCUAGCAUUGCACUCUCCAGACCCGCUCUUAAUAAGGACUUCCGGGAUCAUGCAGAACAGCAGCAUAUCGCAGCCCAGCAGAAGGCAGCUUUGCAGCAUGCUCAUGCACAUUCAUCUGGAUACUUCAUAACUCAAGACUCUGCAUUUGGAAAUCUUAUUCUUCCUGUUUUACCUCGCCUUGACCCAGAAUGAAGAAAACAUCUGUAAUGAAAAUUACUUUGUAAUACCCAAUGCCAAAGCUCCUCUCAUUCAGUGCUGUACACACUGUGACAUUCAGAAUUUUGGUGAACUUACAUAUUUUUUGCUUCUUGAAAAGAAAGGAAUAUGGAAGUAAAAGCAAAAAGAAGGGAGGGGGACUAGGAUGAUGAAAGCUUUAGAAGCUGGAUUGUCUGAAAAUUUGAUUAUGCUGCUUAGUGACUUUACCUUUUUUGUAAUGCCAUUUGAUUUUUAGCUCUCAAUCAGACUCUGAAUUGGAUAGUCAUGUAAAAUCAGCCCCAAAUAACUGAGUAUGUUGUGUCCACAAUAGCCUUAUAAGAACCAUUUGUAGUAUUUAACUUGAAAGAAAUGAGGGUGCUUUUGAAAACUGUGAAUGCAUAGGAUUAAAUAAGUUAGGUUUAUAUUUGUAUUCCACAGGAUUGAUGUAGUAUAUAGCUUUCAAGUUUAUAGUCAAUGUUAUCAUCCAUAAGUACUCUUUUUAAAUGUAUAAAUAUUCUCAUAUUAUUUUAAAAGAAAACCCAAGAUAAAACUAAAUUACCAAUCAGUCUUAAGCAUCUUUUAUAAACAUAUGCCAUUAUAAAUGAUGUGAUAGUGCUAUUCAAAGUAAUUAUAAAGAACGUCGUGGCUUACACAUUUAUUUGUACAUGGCCUUAUUACUACAUUUCUACAUAAAUGGUAUGUGUAUGGUUUCAUUGUUCAUUUUUAUCUAAUUAAAAACUUAAAUUAUUCAA